UGUCGACCGCACGUAAAGCCAGCGGGCGGGCCCGUCUGUGGUCUUCGAUCGGGCUCGGGCUGCAGUUCGCCGCCGUCGUGCACCGGGUGUACAUCGCCUCCACGCUGGGGUUUCUGUUGCAGCUUGAGCCGCUUCCAAGGGAGUGGCCAGUUACCGAGGCCAAAAUCCUCCGUCUUCUGGUGCGCGGCCCGUUCAGGUGGUGCGACCCGGGUGACCUGCACGGGCUACGGCGGGAUUUCGGCUUCCCGCAGGAGUUCCAGGAUUUACGCAUCGUGAGCGCCGCGGCGAAAUUCCGCGUUUGGCACCGCGAAGCCCGGGCGCAGGGCGGGCUGCAAUGCGUGUCUCGGCUUCGAUGCUUGGAGGCGCUGCUCCGCGAUUCCCCUCGCGUUCACCGCCUGGCGCGGUGGCCCGGAUGGUGGCGGACUUCGUAUCACCAAAGGCUGCGGGACAACGCCGACGCGCUCAUGCGGCAGGGCAUCACGCUCCUUGAAGCGCAGCACCAGGCGGCUGGCACGGCAGCGCGACCAUGGACCCUUGAUCAGGCGCGCAAGGCGGAGACGGGGCUGCAGCGCGCGGUCGGGAGGCUGCUUCUUGCCCAGGAGCGGAGGCUGCCAGAGGUGCGCAUGCGCGCCAAGCUCGAGCACUGGGACGUGGGGCUUUUCCCGCGGCUGCGAGCGCAGCGGGCGAUGACCGUCUUGCACCGGCUCGCAUCCCUUGUUCCCCGAGUCGCAGCGGCAGUGUGGCGCACGCUCUGGUCGGGGUGGUGCACUGCAAGGCGCUUCGGCGGGCGCGGAGCAUGCCUGUUCUGCGGCCUCGAGGACGGGGACUCAGUGGAGCACGCCACGGUUUGCCGCGCGAUUGCCGAGUUCGGGGCGGGCCACCUGCGGCUGCCGUACCGGCGAGACCGCGAAGCGCGGAGGCUGGACUUCUUGCUGCUUGAGCCGCAAUCCGAUCUCACGGAUGCUCGGCUGACGCUCGGGGCUCUGCGGAUGGUCGCGGCGUACCAGCUGCAUUGCAGGUUUCGGCGUCAGCGAGCGGCCCUGAGUGGCGCGCACACGGUGCGCCGCGCACUUGAGCAAGCCGUCCGGGAAGCCGUUCAAGGGCAUCGCCAGGCCGCAGCGGUGUUGGACACGCGCUGGCAGUGA